CAGGAAGUGCCAGAUUGCAAGAGAAUUUGCUGUUCGUAAACAAACUAUUUUGUCGGCAAUGAGAAGAACUCAUAUGGGCAUCCAGUGGAACAGAAUUUCAUUUGCUGUAGAAUCUGAUGACUGAAAAUUAACAUGGAUAAGUUUGAGAUAGAAUUUGUAAAUGAUGUUCACCAUGAAAGUUUGAAUUCAACUAUUAAAUCAGAAAGCACUGAUGUAGACCCCACAGCUGACAGUAGCCAUCUUGCAAAAGGAUCAGAUUCUAUUUUAUCGUCUGACCUUUUAAUUGCUGCUCCAGGAAAGGACAAUGCAACAACAGAGAUAGCAAAUUUGGAUUUGCAAAAGGAAAUAAAAAAUGAUUUGUUUGAACAUCUAAAGGAUAUAAUAAAAAAUGAAAGCCCAUCUAAACUUGCUGCUGCUUCAGAAAGUGGUAAUGCUCUUGAAAUUUACUUGGACAUUGCCAAAAAAGGUCUAAGUGGGUGUCCAGUGGGUUUCUUAUGUACAGAAUGUGGUAAAAACCUUCCUACAAGUAGGUUGCGAAAUAAACAUAUGAAAAAAAUCCACAGUUCAAAACCUGUUGUUGAGCGUGUUACUUGCCCAGUGUGUCAAAAGUCAUUUAGAGAUACAUCAAAGUAUAAUAGGCAUUACUUGGUGCAUUCUGGAGGCAAGGAAUUCCAGUGUGAUGUUUGUGACCGCCUGUUCUCAAGAAAAGAUCACUUAAUAAAACACAGAACUGUUCAUGGACCAUCAAGUGAGCGAAGGUACAAAUGUUCCUUGUGUAACAAAGGUUUUGUUGAGAGGAACAUUCUUCAACGCCAUCUAAAUACCCACACUGGAGAUCGCCCAUAUGAAUGCGGUCAGUGUGAUGCUACAUUCUUUAGUGACAGCACUUUAAAACAGCAUGUCCAGAGUCACUCAAACUUGAAACCAUAUCUAUGUUCCCUCUGUGGGAAGUCCUUCAAGAGAAAUGGCUCAUUAAAAAUCCACAUGAGGUCACACACCCAGGAUCGACCCCACUCCUGCGAUAUCUGCCAUCGAACAUUCAUCACAAGGCACACUUUAACCCAGCAUUCUCGGAUACAUACAGGAGAACUCCCAUAUGGGUGCACUCGGUGUGGAGAGAGGUUUUCAAGGAGUGAUACAUACAAGUACCACAUUAACAGAAAGACAGACUGUCGCAUUUACCGAUAUAAAGUGAAGGGAAAACAAAAGUAUGGAUCUGUGGUCAAGUCAGAGGUGGACUUGCCGGAGGAGGAAGGUUCAAGUGAUGUGGAGAAAACCUAUGAUCCAGUAUAUGAAGACCAUGAAGAAAGCAGUCCCAGUAAUGAUAGUAGUGAUCAAAUUGAUGAAAUUAGUGACAACUCAGACGAGACUGCUGACGAAAAUCAAGAAUAAAUUUUCAAUAUGUCUUAGAAAUGAAAUGAUCAAACCACAAGUUACUGCUUGAUCACUUUUAAAUAAGUAUUGUCAUAAGUAAUUCUAAAGACAGUUGCUAUAUUGUAUAGGUGUAAGUGUGAUGACAUUUCAUGUUGCCUGAAAACUUUAUGUUGUAAAAGAAUACUCCAUCUCAGUAUGUUUGUAUAUAUAUAUGCAUGAGUGAAAGGUUUCAGUAUUGAUACUGAAUUCAGUAAUUUGGAGAAUAGUUACUCCCUACUUUCAGUGUUUUAGAAUUGUCCAACUUCCACUUGUUCAUCGUAUAGUAGGUGCCAGCAUUAUGAUACUUUUUUCUGCUUUGUAACUUGUAUAGAUAAAAAACAAACACUUAUUUACAACUAUACUGCCAGCUGUAACAAAAUCAUUUUUGUUUUUGAAAUAUAUGUUUUUAACUUUACCUUUAUUCCAAAGUAUUUCAUAUAUAGCCAUUAGGCAUGAUUUUACUGUUUACAUGAGAGUUUUGUUUUAUUCUUCAUACUUUCUUACACUACCAUUGAUGAAAUAUUGUAUAUAUUUUAAUGAAUUCAUUUAAUGCUUGAAUAAUAAUGUGUACGUAUAUACCUUUUUGAAUCAGUGUACAAAAUGUAUAUUGUUAAUUUGUUAUUAUUUAGAUACAUUUAAGAAAAUAUAACAUUAGCCCACUUUGAGCACCAAUUGUUGUAUUAGUAUGUUCAUGUGACCUGAGAAUCACUAUCUUUAACUUUGAUAUCAUUUUAAAUUUUAAUCUUAUUGUGACUGUUUUGCUUUUAAUAUUUUAUGAAAUAAAGUCAUUUUACUACAAUGUAGCUUGUGUGUUGUUAAAUGGACAGUUUAUUUAAUGCUAUCAUAAUUGUGUUGAAGGGAUUUAUUCUCAGUUUCAAUCUUAUUGUUUGGUAUUCAUAGUGGCAAUUCAGUCUUAUCAAUUCAUUAAAUUAUAUGGAAGUUAUCUUAAUGACAGAACAGGUUAAAAAGUAGUCAUUGACAGUAAAUGUGUAAUCAUAUUUUUUUAAGACAGAAGAACGAAAUAAAUUCAUGCUAUUUAGAAUUUUUGGCCAUCAACUAGUGUAUGAAAUGGUUCCCAAAUCCCUCUUAAAAACAGAUGUUUUGGUUUCAGUUGUGAAUGACUUUUUUGUCUUUGAGACUAAAUAUAGCCAAGUUAAAUAUUACAUGAUAACAUGCUUGCCCCUGUGUAGUGCUGUGUGUUCGUGUAGGUUUAUGUGUUGUGGAAGUGUAGCGGUGUGUCUGUG